GUAAGGCCACCAUUAUUAACGAGCAAAUUGCCUAUUUAUAGUCUACUCGAUGUACUAAAUAAUGGAGAUCUCCAUCUUCAACUGUAUUCUUCAGCUUGUGUUUCACGGUACACCAAGGAAAAAUUACAUACCGAGUAUCUAGAUAAGAAAAAAGUCACACCUGGAACUUGCAUAUUUGCAUUCAUUCUAUAUUCAUAUGGCGUUAUACCAAUUAACCUCGGCAUACUGGCAGAAAAUG